UACGGAAGUUAGGAGGCGGGACUUAUUCUGGAGAGGUCUAUCCCAGUUAAGGACAAGGAGGACAGCUCCACCCCUAUUCUAGCAGGUUGCUGGUUUAAAGCGCCACUGCACAGUUACCCAUCAUGAGAAAUACAGGCUCAGUUUGCAAACAUGAGGUGUGCAGCUGUGAUACUGAUGUUGUGCACUCUGGCAGCAUUGACUAAUGCUGCCUGCUGGUUCACAGAAAAGGAAAAACCACGAGUAAUUGUGGACAGCGAUGGCAACACACGGAUUGAAGACACAGCCCAGAACCCUUGCCUGGAUGAGUUUGAUAAUCAGACCUAUCCUGUUGUGUCCACAUGGAGAAGCAGGAAAUGCCAGCGUUGCACUUGCACAGAGAGAGGAAUGGAGUGUUGCGACAUGAUGGGAAGUCCACGUGGAUAUGACCGUGACUGUGAGGCGCAUUAUGACUGGGAGAACUGCUCAUUCAAAGUAGUUAAAAAGUCUGACAAAGGCAUUUUUUGUCCCCACGCUGCUGUUGGGAAAUAACAAGGUUCUACAAGUGCAUUAUAUAACAUGGAUGGCAGAGUGCAGUGCAUCUCUGUUGUGUACACCAUCUGAGACCAUCGAUACAUGGGGAUCAACAUCACUAGUGAAAUAAUAAAAGAUAUCAUGAAAGAAAUGUAAUGUUUUCCUUUGACACAAAUGUUUAGGUGUUUAGGGCUGUUUUUUGUUCCAUCGGGAUCCUUCAUACUCAGUGGAAAACAGCCCAUUUCCAUGUUUUCAUAUGAUUGUGCACCUUCUGUCUCGCCACACUAAAUAUUAUUUCAACUCUGGAGCAAGGAAUCAAUUAAAAGAUUGAAAAAAGGCUUUGUGUUACAUUCCUGGACAGUAAGCACAACAUGCUUUUUUUAUUUUGUGAUGCAUCAUCUUUAGCAAACAGUUUCCCUCAUUAGAAAUGUUUCCCUUGGACAAAGAACAAGCAUUUUUUUUUACAAAAACCAAAGAACCCACUUCUAAAUACACACUUUAUUUUAGUGGUCUUCACAAGUGGAUAUCCUGUAGUCAGAAUAGAUUAACAAUGUUUUUGAGAGAAAAUAAUUGUCAAUCGGUCACAUUUGACCGCGAACACAACAAGAGUUUUUUGUACCUUAACCUUGACUUGCAUCUGAUGUCGCAAUACAUUGUACUUUCAUAAAAUCAUGCAACAUA